GGGCAAAAAUGUUAAAAAGAGGGCAUAGGAAGCCCUGCUCCUGCCUCAUCACUGAACAAACUCCACUUGGACGCCUUUUCCAGAGGUCUUUUCUUUCUCCUCCCCUUUCCUCAAACCCUAAUUUGUCCUGAGACUCCGGCCCGCCCCCUCCUCUCGUGACCGGAAGAGGCUCCACCCAACCUCCUGAAAGGCAGCCAUUUUGGUCCCCCCCCACCAUCCCUCUGCCUUCGCCUGUGCCUGUGUUUUCCAGAUGCCGAAGAGAGCGCUCGUCCACAUGCUCUAUGGACCAUACCGCAUGUGCAACAUGACUGCGCAGCACCGCAUCUCACGCCUGCAGGCCGUAUUAAGAAACGAUGGACACCAAAUCAUUUUACAGGAGACAGAGGACUGGAAUUGCGUAGAGCUUGUAGUCAAUGGUGAAACCGUUUUCCAGUGCAAAAUCGAUGAAUUGGACUUUGGAGGGGAUGGCAAAUUAGAUCCACUGUGUGAAGAAGCCAGAAAAGCAGUGCUAGAAGCCUACUAAUGAAAAAGCCUUAUUUGCCCAUCCGUCUUGGCUUGGAAUGACUCCCAGCCCCUGCAAUGGCAGGAAACAGGUAGUUUGACUGUGAAGGUGAAAACAGCUGGCUUGGCCCUUGUUGAUUUGUAGAGUAUAGCUUAUCUCUGGACAGUCCAAGGUUGUGCAAAAGAGCACCAGAUACUUGGUGCAACAAUGAAACAUUUUAAACCUGGUUAUUGGGAAACCCAUUGCAUCCAUCUAACACAUCCAUCUAGCACCCCAAACAAUAAUAACAAUAAUAACGCCAUGCCUCUUGCAGCAUCUCUCAACCCUGACCUGUAGGGAGAAUGGCUACAAUUAUGGACUGCCAAGACUAUCGACUAUAGCAUUGAGCUGAAGGAGAAUAAUAAAAUACUGUCUAAUUACAGCAACAGCAUCGUUCAAUAAAAACAUUUAGCUGUUUAAAAAAACCAUUUAGCUAUGAAAAAUCCAUUCUUUACUAAGGAUGGAACUGGGCAAGGAUGGAAAAUAAAGAUUUCUUUAAGUUAGAAUUUAGUGUUUUGAAAGUCUAGAUCCUAAAACUCAGAAUUCUGAGACACCCCUUUUACUACUACAAAGUUAAUUUAGGGUCUGGUUGUGAAGGGGCUUAAAAAGCUGGCAAGGGACUUUGGAAUUUUUUUGAUAGGUAAUAAGGAAGGUUGGAAAAGAAAAAAACUGAUCAGAGUAGUUCCUUAGGAAGAUUUCAUGGGAUAGAGAGUAUACCCCAGAUUCAGUGGUGGUGGUGGGCAGAGUAUAUUGAAAGUGAGAGAAAUUGGAGACAGAGUCACCUGAAAGGUUCUUAUGAUUGUCUAAGUAUGAGGUAAUAAGUGAGCAAACUAGGGCUGUGGUAGCAGAAAUAGAAGAUAAAAGUGAAUAUAAGAGAUGUGAAGGAAGAAUUGAUAAGGCUCAGUGUCUAAUGGAAUAUGAUGGGAAAUUCAGAGAAAUGUUUUUGUGACUGGGACUUGGGGUCUCCAGGGUUGAUCAGACCCCACAGAUUGAAAGGGAAGUUCUGAAAAUGGCAAGGAUGUAAUAAUAAGUAUAAAUGCAUCACUAAUAACCACUGCUUGAUUCUAAUUCAUGGAAGCCAGUUUGCUCCAGAAAAACAUUGGCCAGAGGAGCUGUCUUCUUCCUGGAAUACAUUUAGCAUAUGUUCAUAAUGCAAAAUGGGCAAGCCCUCACUCUCAAUGGCUUUCUUAUAAUGCUUACUUGCUCCUUUAAUCAAGGUCACUUUUGCUUGGGAACCUCUGCCAAUAUCUCUGCAUUCCACCUCUUCACUUUUCUAAGAAGACUCCCACUUCAACUCUGGAAGAGUAUGAUUUGUGUUUCAAGUUUGUAAAGAGCUACCAAGUGGAAGGAAGGAAGACUUCUUCUGCUUGACCCUAGAGAGAAGGACUAGGAGAAAUGGGUACAAAUUGCCAAGAGGAAGAUUUAGGCUUCAUUAGGGAAAAAAAAAAAAGCUUCCUAACAAUUAGAACUAUCCAAAAGCAAAAUGGGCUCAAGAAAUCAAAGGUUACUGUCACUGGAGAGGAUCUGCUUAUUUAAGAAUGGUUCAUACUAGAUAACUUCUGAUGUCCUUGCCUUCCAAAUCUGAGAUCCUGAGAUAAUUGAAUUACAAAUAUAAAAUUAUCUAAAAUUAAGCUAUCAGUUCAAACACGAAAAUUGUAUGCUAUGAGCCAUUAUUAAAAGCAAAGCAGGGGAAUACUGAAAAGGAAACAUAAUAUGAUCUUGCAACAAAUGUGGAAUGAACAAAAAUUCGACAUAUAGUCAAUGUAGGAAUUAAGCAUGUGUAAAAUGUUAGUUUGGUUUUUGUUUUUUACCAUUUUGGAAUCAGGCACUAAAACCUGAAAUGAAUGCCUUUAGGGUGCUAUUUUGCUCAUGGACUUCAAAUUACUUUAGAAAUCUCUGGAAAUACAUAAUCAUUUCAAUAGGGCAGGUAGGUGGCACCAUAGUGCAUAGAGUGCCAGGUCUGAAGUCAGGAAGACUCAUCUUCCUGAGUUCAAAUUUGACCUCUGACAUUGAUUAGCUGCAUGACCCUGGACAAGUCACUUAACCCUGUUUCUCUCUGUUUUCUCAUUUGUAGAAUUAUCUGGAGAAUGAAAUAGCAAACCAAUAUAGCAUCUUUGCUUUAAAAAAAAUUCAGAGGGGCUCCUGAAGUGUCAGAUAUGACUAAAAGAUUAAUAGUAGAAGAAAUUA